AAUACGCUGCAUUAAACGUAACAGGAAAGAAACCUGACAACUUUGUGCCAAGAAGAAACUGCAAAAAUUGCAGUACGCUUUUUCAGUAGAUAUAUGAAAUACAAAAUUGCAGAUUUGUUUCAAUAUAACUUCGAAUAACGUGUUUCAACAGUCUCUUCGAAGUUAUUUGGAUCCUGGGAACGUAAGCUAGGCUCGGAAUGGCCGGUCAAGAUUCUUCAGCAGUCAGUACUUGUUCAAAGUACACUUUGUUUUUUCUGAACAUCCUCUUUUGGCUGAUUGGUCUAGCACUACUUGCUGUUGGCAUAUAUGUUAAGUCCUUGAAAGAGCUUGGGUCAGUUUUCAAGAGCACUGUCCCAUGGUACUUUGAUCCAUCUAUUUAUUUCAUAAUCAUUGGAGCUGCCAUCUUUAUCAUUGCAUUCUUGGGGUGUAUUGGAGCCUUAAGGGAAAACAUCUGCAUGCUGAAAACUUUUGAAUACAUAAUCUAUCUACUGAUGCUGCUUGAACUUGGUGGGGCACUUGGACUUUAUUUUGCAAAGGACAAGGCAAAGGGUGUUGUCAAGGAUGCAUUGAAAAAAACAAUUCCAAAUUACCGAGACGACAUUGAUCUUCAAAGCAUCAUUGAUUACUUCCAGGAAAAUGUGAAAUGUUGCGGCAUAGAUACCUAUGAUGACUGGGAAAGCAAUAUUUACUUCAAUUGUUCCUCCCCCGGAGCGGAAGCUUGCGGUGUUCCAUACUCUUGUUGUAAAAACUUCCAAGUGGAGCAAAACACACAGUGCGGCUACAAAAUGCGCUGUAUCAAACAGAACUCGCAGUGUCCUUCGGCCCAUGAAAGAAGAAACAAAAUCUAUACUACUGGAUGUGUUGAUGCGACUAUUGAUCUCUUUCUUUCAAAGAAUAACCUUUACUAUUUCAUUGGUGCUGGUGCGGGACUCAUUGUUUUGCAACUUGUAACAACUGGCCUGGCUCAUUCGUUGAUCAAUGGAGUCAGAACUCAACUGAUGAAGCAACAGAGAGAAGCAAAAAGAGUGCAUGGAUUUGACAAUACAGCAUUUAACCGUUGAAUGAAGAGGCCAUUGCCAGUUGAUUCUGGUCGUUUUCGUACAAGUGUCCUGCUGUUUAUAUUGCUCUAGCAUUUAGCUGGACUUUCGAUUUUGUAAAAAGGACUUCAUUUGAAUUAAGGUAUGUUUAUAUACAGUUUUGAGCCAACAUUUAGCUUCUCUUCAGAGAAUCAACAACUCGGCGAAGAAAUAUUUUGACAAAGGAAGAUGUUUUAAGGUCUGAGAAGGAUUUUUCGUGUGGUUUUUUAAAUCGAUGAUGAUAUCUGAAUGUAAAUGUUUAGUCUCUUGACAAAACUGGUUCUAUUUGCAAAUAGUUUCCUACGUAAAAAUAUAAUGUCCAAUUAUCUCCAAUUAAUCACUUAAUUUAUGUUUUUUAAGUAUCUGUGAUGAUAUAAUAUCACCUAUUAGAUAAGCACAUAAAA